AUGGAAAAUCAAAGCUACAUCUCCAUCCCGAUCCUAGAUGAGCUUGUUGCUUUCGUCGAAAACGGUUCCGUUUACGAAGAUGCCGUGAAAUCCAUGGGAUCCGGAAUCCUGAACUACUACUUCCCAGCCAUUAACGGCUACAGCGUCGGCCCUGAACAGAAUCGUAAUAACUUUUAUCCCGACUCCAUCAUCUUCCGAAUCCAGCGUCGUUGGGCAGGAGACAGAGGCCUUGUGGAUCAUACUCUUGCAGAAGCGACGAAGGCAGCCGAUGCUCUGGAACCCUCUUUGGCACAGCUUACGACCGCCCUAGAGAAUGCCAUUACUGAACAUGGUCGCUGCUGGGCCGUGCUUUUCCAUGGCUGUGAAAUUAGAUUCUAUGAGUAUCACGACAACUUGCCACUGAAGCACCGCCUGGUUCAAUGGGCAGAGGCUGGAGACCCAGCUGAAACGGUGUACCAUGUCCGCAACAACUCGGGAACGAUCGACCGGAUGCUAUGCCACAUGGGUCAGACUGCUGAACCCCCUAUACGACUCUGA